AUGGCAGAUGGUACCUACAGGUUCCAGCAGCCUGGGGUCGGGCAGUUUUACUUUCAGGCCCAGCAGCAUAAUCACCACUCUGCUCACCAGCGACACCUUCUCCGAAACGGAACUGGCUCCCCAAACGGGAGGCUCAAGUUCAACACCGACACCCCUUCACCGUCGCGUUCUCCUCCUCUGAACCAAUCGCCUAGCCAUAACUCCUACGCCAUGUAUUCCCAGAACCACCAGGGCCAGCCUGUCAUGAUGAAUGGCCAAUCCCAUCAGCGGUUUGGAAUGCCAAUGCCGAAAUUCCAGCACCCAACCCAUCAUCCCCAUCAUGCGCAGCAGACCCACCACCCUCAUUCGCAAUCAACGUCAAAUCUCGCUCACCAGCAUAGUUUUACCGCGGCAACGCUAGCCUCAACAAACCAGCAUUUUGCCCCGGCACACCUGCAGAAUGGAACAACUGCCAAUGUGGAAGAUGAGAUUGAAGAGCCUAUGAAUGAGCACUGGCAGCUACAGUUACAGCUCGCUGCUGAGUCAAGACAGGCGAGCUCGCCCCAUUACUACGCGCGGGCGGUUGCACAACAGACGAAAGGCCUGCAAUUGUCGUCCAACCAGGCAGAUCAAAAUGAUAAUGGAAUAGAAGAACGAAAUCGGGCAACAGCAACCAAAGAUCACCGUAGACAAGACUGGAUGGCUCUUGACUUUGGUGGGCAAGGUCUUCGUUCGCUUUCCGGUGGGCUAUUUCAGUAUAUCUUUCUUGACAAGCUGUAUCUGAAUCAUAACAAACUAAAAACACUUCCUCCAAAUCUUGGGAGACUGAAAAACUUAACCCAUUUAGACAUCUCGAGUAACGAGCUGACGGAAAUACCGGAGGAAAUCGGAAUGCUAAUCAAUCUCAAGAAGCUCCUUCUUUUCGACAACCACCUCCAAACCCUCCCCUUCGAGUUGGGCUACCUGUACCAGCUUGACACCCUUGGUAUCGAGGGUAAUCCCCUCGCGGACAUUCUGAAGUCGCGCAUUAUGCAGGAAGGAACGAAGUCGCUCAUUAAAUACCUAAAAGAAGAAAUGCCUGCCCAGGUGCCUCCUUCGAAUCGCGACUGGCUUAUUCUUGACGAAACUGGCAAAAACUCCUCUUCUGGCGGCAAUAGUGACAACAAGUUUACCGCUCUUACCUACAAUACUCUUUGCGACAGAUAUGCCACAAACCAGCAGUACGGAUAUGCGCCAUCAAGAGCUCUAGCAUGGGAAUUCCGACGAGACCUUCUGUUGAAUGAAAUACGCGGUCACGAUGCGGACAUUGUUUGCUUGCAGGAAAUCGAUCAAGGGAGCUAUCAUGGCUUUUUCCGCGAACAGCUCGCGUACAAUGAUUACAAGGGUGUCUAUUGGCCAAAAGGUCGAGCUCAAGGCAUGCCGGAAGAGGAGGCUAAGUUAGUGGAUGGUUGCGCUACCUUUUUCAAGGGCAGUAAAUACGUUCUGCUUGAGAAGAAUAUGAUUCAUUUCGGUCAGACCGCUGUUCGAAGACCGGAUGCGAAAGGCCAGGACGACAUCUAUAAUAGACUAUGGCAGAAGGAUAAUAUUGCUGUUGUGAUAUUCUUAGAAAACAGGAUUACGGGAGAGCGUUUGAUUGUCGUCAAUGCGCAUAUCUACUGGGACCCGGCUUAUAAAGAUGUGAAGCUCGUCCAGGUUGCCAUUAUGAUGGAAGAGGUCACGCAACUCGCAGAGAAAUACACCAAAGUUCCGCCAUGCACUGACAAGGCGGCCUUUCGUUUCUCGGAGCCGGAAGAUGGGAAACAGAAUCAAGGAACUUCCACCCCUGUUGAACCGGCCCCCUCGGUGCAGUACACUAGCGCGUCACAGAUCCCUAUUCUGGUUUGCGGUGAUUUCAACUCUCGCCCAGGGUCGGCUGUCUAUAAUCUUCUAGCUCAUGGUCGCAUGGCUGAAGAGCAUCCAGACCUUGAAAAACGCCUGUACGGAAAUCUUAGCCGUGUGGGAAUGAGCCACCCAUUUACGUUGAAAUCAGCAUAUUCUUCCAUUGGCGAGUUAAAGUUUACUAAUUACACUCCUGGAUUCACGGACGUGAUUGACUACAUCUGGUACUCCUCCAACUCACUUCAAGUAUCAGCCCUGUUAGGUGAGGUUGAUAAAGAAUACUUGAAGAGGGUUCCUGGGUUCCCAAAUUAUCACUUCCCUAGUGAUCAUCUGGCACUUCUUGCGGAGUUUGCCGUUAAGAGCAAGAAGAAUAAGCCUGUCGAGGUAGAUUUUGGUCCGCAGCGGGAUAAACCGAUAUGA